AUGCAGGUAGCGCGCAGUCCUCUGGCGAGUAAGAAGAAUCGUUACUACGAUAUCAUUCCUUUUGAUCGGAACCGCGUCAUCCUCAAUCGCCCGGAUCUCGGUGAACCGAACACGUACAUCAAUGCGAGCUGGAUCGAUGCGCCAUUCCAACUAAACAAACGGUACAUUGCUACACAAGGCCCGAUUCCUUCAACGAUUAUCGAUUUUUGGCGCAUGGUCGUGGAGAACAAUGUGGGGGUGAUUGUCUGUUUGGCGGCAGAAAAAGAAAACGGAAUGGAGAAAUGCGCGCGAUACUGGCCUACGGGGUCGCAGGAAGUGGAAGUCCAGUUUCCUACCAGUGGUAGUGGACCUCAGUUCAGUGUGAAUGCAUCAUCUCGGAAAAUAAUUCGACUGCGCAACCAAGAACCGGAACGUACCGAUAAUGAUGCCUGCUGCAUUGUACGUCGGAUUCUCGUGGAAUUCAUCGAACAGACCCCAACUGGCAACCAGCUACAACCGCGCGUGCUCGCUUCACAAACCGUGACCCAAUUGCAGUUCUUGGGAUGGGCCGAUCACGGCGUGCCGGAAACCGCGGAUCAAAUAUUUAAACUGAUUGGCCUGGCCAACCAGUAUCAAUCACUGCAUACCCGUCCCGAGGCCACCGGACCACCGCCAAUGAUUGUGCAUUGCAGUGCCGGAUGCGGACGGACAGGUACCUUUUGUCUAAUUGAUUGUGGCAUGGAACUUAUAUCGCAAGCGACGCGGGAAAAGGACACAGUUUUUCAAACGGAUAAGAACCAGUUCGACCUUGUCUACGAAGUGACGGACGCUUUUCGAGAUCAACGUUCGACCAUGGUUCAAGCGUCCAGUCAAUUCCUAUUUUGUUACGAAGCCUUGUGGGAAUACAGUCAACGGCAUUAA